GAAGACACACAAUAACAAGUUCUUCUGCAUUCUUCUUCCUUUCCUCAACUGUUUGGAGCAAUGACCGAUAGUCCCUUACAAGUGUUGACUUUGCCAACUGCUCCGUAUCCCGACCAGAGGCCUGGAACUAGUGGUUUGAGGAAGAAGGUCCAAGUUUUCCAGUCUAAAAAGAACUAUCUGCACAACUACAUUCAAUGUAUCUUCUCCUCCAUUGACCUGCGGGACCGGCAGGGCUCCACCAUGGUGGUGGGUGGAGAUGGACGCUACUUCAAUUCGACUGCCAUUCAGGUCAUAGUGCAGAUGGCUGCAGCUAACGGGGUCGGACGUCUUGUGAUUGGUCAGAAUGGCAUCAUGUCGACACCAGCUGUGUCUUGUGUAAUCAGAAAGAUGAAAGCUAUCGGUGGAAUUAUCCUUACAGCCAGUCACAACCCUGGAGGUCCUGACGGAGACUUUGGCAUCAAAUUCAAUACUGCUAAAGCAGGUCCAGCCCCACAGGCUGUCACAAACAAAAUCUUCCAAAUGAGCAGAACAAUAGAGGAAUAUGCCAUUUGUCCUGAUCUCAGGCUGGAUUUGGGAACAAUUGGCAAGCAAAUCUUCGACCUAGAGAACAAAUUUAAACCUUUUACAGUAGAAAUUGUGGACCCAGUUGAAUCCUAUGCUAACUCUCUGAGGAACAUCUUUGACUUUGCUGUUCUGAAGGAGCUACUGUCUGGAGACAACCAUAUACAAAUCCGUUUAGAUGCCAUGCAUGGAGUGGUUGGACCGUAUAUGAAGAAGAUCCUGUGUGAGGAGCUGGGCUCUCCUGCAAAUUCAGCCAUUAACUGUGUACCUCUGGAGAACUUUGGGGGUCGUCACCCAGACCCCAACUUGACCAAUGCUGCUGACCUUGUUGAGACAAUGAGGACUGGACUGUACGACUUUGGAGCUGCUUUUGAUGGUGAUGGUGACCGUUACAUGAUUCUUGGGAAGCAUGGCUUCUUUGUUAACCCCUCAGACUCAGUUGCUGUCAUCGCUGCAAACAUUUUCUGCAUCCCCUACUUCCAGCACACAGGAGUAAGAGGCUUUGCUAGGAGUAUGCCCACCAGUGCAGCUCUUGACAUGGUGGCCAAAGCUACCAAGAUCCAGCUACAUGAGACGCCAACCGGAUGGAAGUUUUUUGGGAGCCUGAUGGAUGCGGGUCGUCUUUCACUCUGUGGGGAGGAAAGUUUUGGCGCAGGUUCAGACCAUAUACGUGAAAAGGACGGGCUUUGGGCUGUGUUAGCAUGGCUUUCUAUCCUAGCAACGAGAAGGCAAAGUGUAGAAGACAUUAUGACCGAACACUGGAGAACCUAUGGGAGGAACUACUACACCAGAUUUGAUUAUGAAGAGGUGGAUUUAGAUGCAGCCGUGGAGAUGAUGUUAGAUCUUGAGCUGAUGAUUUCAGACAAAGCAUUCAUCAAGCAAGUGUUUACUGUGGGGGAAAAGAAAUACCAAGUGGAGACAGCAGAUAAUUUUGAGUACAGUGAUCCUGUGGAUGGAACCAUAUCAAGGAACCAGGGCCUGCGGAUAAUUUUUAAAGGAGGUUCACGCAUAAUUUUUCGUCUCGGUGGGACCGACAGUUUCGGAGUCACGGUUCAUCUGUAUAUCGACAGUUACGAGAAAGACAUAAACAAGAUCUUUCAGGACCCGCAGGUGGCGCUCGCGGAGCUCGUCACCAUUGCACUGCAGCUUUCACACAUACAUGAAAGAACCGGGCGAAGCGGUCCUACUGUUAUUACAUGAUUACAUUGAAUGCCACUUUAUAUUUACAUUUGUUUUGUUUUUUUAAAUAAACUACUUUCAAUGGGGAAAAAUAUUACAGCUUUUUUGCCAUGUCAGAUAACGAUAAAGUAACAGGCGCUCUCGCGCAAAAUCCCUAGCGUCCCAAACAUCAAAUGCCUUUUGAAUAUUAAUUACGCAACGUACUUGGAUGCUCCAGUAGGCUACUUCCUAGAUGGUUACCAAGCAACGCCACCAUGGCUUAUUAAAUAUUUAUGAGGCAACCAUUCACGAAUGUUGGAUACAUUCGCUGCCCAACAACGAGAUUCAUUUGACUAACAACAAACUGGUAUAUCGCGACAGAAAUUGUUGUGAAAUGAGACGCAGCUCUCAAAGAGAGGUAACUUGCGAAUUGUAAAAAUGAGGAGGAAAUGUAUUUUUAUAUUCAGUUGUGCUAUUCCAGCUCUGUCUGAGAUAAAGGGAGCAAAUUAUUGAUUAUUAUUAUGAAUUAGGGUUUUCUAUGUCCUCAUAAAGGCAUUGUCGACUUGUCAUAAUAUUAUAUUGUUUUAUAAAAAUAUUUAAAAAAAAUAUUAUUUAAAGUCUAAAUAAAUAAUAUUUACCUAUAGCGAUACUCACAGGUUGUAUUUAAUUCAAAUAAUGCGUACCAUAAACUAAGGGAUUAAAAUGUUAUUAGUGAUAUAAUAAUGGCAAACCAAGAAACGUUCUCCUGCAGCUUACUGUAUUGUAAAAAGUGGAAGCGAAAGGUAAAAGCAGACAGAAGACUAGACCUGGAUGUUUUUCACAUCCCAACAAAUGCUUUUUAUAAGCAAACUUUCCUUUUGUUCAAACUGAAAAAUGAAAUCAUCAGUGACCAGGGAAGCAUCUGACAUGCUGUCCUCUGCUGCAUCAACACAAGUCUUUAUGAAACACAUGAGGAACAAAAUAGAGCUGGAGAGUAAACCUUAUGAUGAAUUACCAACCCCAUCUUUAACAUGCUUACAUUCUCAUCAGAGUGCACUAUAACACAUUAGGCAUGAUUUUUGCACUUGCCGUUACAGAUGCUGUUGCAGGUGUGGGACGGGAUUUGGAGAAGAGGCAAGACCAUAACUCUGUCUUCACAUUAUCUCUGUAUUUUCAUGUUCUGUUUCUUUUUUCUUUUUUGAUUUUAUCCAAUUUGGAAUGGCCAAUUCCCAAUGCGGUCUAGGUCCUCGCAGUGGUGUAGUGACUCGCCUCAGUCCGGGUGGCGGAGGACAAAUCUCAGUUGACUCCGCGUCUGAGACCGUCAAUCCGCGUAUCUUAUCACGUGGCUUGUUGAGCGUGUUACCGCGGAGACCUUGCGCAUGUGGAGGCUUCACGCUAUUCUCCGCGGCAUCCGCGCACAACCCACCAGGCACCCCACCGAGAGCGAGAACCAUAUUAUAGCUACCACAAGGAGGUUACCCCAUGUGACUCUACCCACCCUAGCAACCGGGCCAAUUUAGUUGCUUAGGAGACAUGACUGGUGUCACUCAGCAUGCCCUGGAUUCAAACUUGUGACUCCAGGGGGAGUAGUCGGUGUUAAUACUCACUGGUUCAUCUUUUUUAUUUUUUUACAAGGCGUGUAUGUAGGAUUGCCUUUGAGGAGUAUCUCAACAUGUGGAUGAAGAUUGCCACCACUAGCCCAGAGCUUCUGACGAGAAGAGAAUCUUUGGAUGAAUUCCUCAAAUAUUAUGGGCCAGCUGGCAGUGAGACAGAAGA